AGUAAAUGGAGAUUUCAUGAUCCAUUUUUCACGAUCCAUUCUUGAUAAGCCCACACUAACAUUUCAAUUUUCACCUUCACGUUUUCCACGUUACUGCUGUUCCAGCUUCUCUCUCAUACAGAGUACAUCCUACCAACAACAAAAAAGAAGACGCAGACUUUCGAGGAAAUUUCCCAGACUAUAGAUUUCGAAAAAUCCAAUUUUUCCUAAAACCCAUUCACAAUUUAAAGACAGAGAUUUCCCGAACAUACAACGAUUUUAUUUCAAGAUAUUCGACGUCCCAGAAUUUCAAUUUGUAAUCAUCGGGUAAGACAACACAACUCCUUCAAGUUGAUUUUUGCGUUCUUCAUUUAUACAAAGAACUUGUAUAAUUUGACAUUGUCAAUUGAAUUCAUUUCCAGUCAUUAGAAACACUAGGGUUUCAAUUUCCCCCCAAAUUGAAUUGAAACCCUAGACUACUUCAAUUUUGUUCGAUGUAAUUAGCGCGAGCUCAAUAAAUGGAGCAAUUGGGUAUUUUUAAUCCUAGGAGAAAACCCCAAUUUCGUGGGAUUUUCAAUGGAUUAUGUGCAGUGAUCCUAUUUUUCUUUUUCUUCAAUAGAGAAGAUGUUCUCAGAAAUCCUUUACUUAGGCAAUCUUCUGUGACUGAUAAUCGGUGGCCUGUUCGUCUUAAUUCCGGUGAUGGGUCGGUCCAAGUGGAAAUAAUCCGGCGUAAGACAGCUGAAAUUAGGGAUAAUUCAACAAAUACUGGUAAUGGGUCUAUUUCAGAUAAUGCUUUAAGUGGAGAGAAUGCUGUGUUUUGUGUUGGGUUAAGGGAUCAUGUAGGUUUUGAUUCCCAGUGUGAGUAUCUAAAGGCGCAUUCAGAGUGUUCAACUAGCGGGUUCUUUGAUUACUUACAGUUUUUUUACUGUGAUUGCCGAAGACUUGGGGUUUUAGGGUACGCAAUUUUAGGGGUUUGGCUCGCGGCAUUGUUUUACCUUCUAGGUAAUACUGCGGCCGAUUACUUCUGUUGUUCCCUGGAAAAGCUUUCGAGUAUAUUGAAACUGCCACCUACUGUGGCAGGGGUCACUCUCCUUCCCCUUGGGAAUGGAGCUCCUGAUGUAUUUGCUAGCAUUGCUGCUUUUGUAGGUACUGGUGCUGGUGAGGUUGGCUUGAACAGUGUGUUGGGAGGUGCAGUUUUUGUUACUUGUGUUGUUGUUGGUACUGUUUCUCUCUUGGUGGCUAAUAAGCGGGUUCAGAUUGAUCGGAGAUGUUUUAUUAGGGAUCUUAGCUUCUUUCUGGUGACCAUCUUGUCACUCUUGUUGAUUUUGUUUGUUGGAAGGAUAACUGUUGGGGCAGCCAUUUGUUUUUUGAUGAUAUAUGUUCUCUAUGCAUUUGUUGUUGCUGCAAAUGAGUUGUUGAGAAAGGAAGCACAUAGACUUAAAUUUGAUGCUGUAACUCCAUUGCUUCCUGUGAAUGGGAGUGCCUUCUCUCUAGGAGGUUCAGAGGAUGAUGCUAUAUACAGUCCCCUGCUUGACUUUGAGAGCGAGACUGAUGCUCCCAAUCUUCAUCCUUCCUUGCCACAAUGGAUGUGGGCUUCAAAUGUUGCGAUCUACUCACAUCAGUCUCUCAGAUCAGAUAAUGAAAGGUCCCCUUGGGGAUGGAACGACGAACGUGGUGGGGAAUCUGAGAACUCUUCUUUUUCUUGCCCUAAAUUUUUCUCUCUUUUGGAGCUUCCUUUGUCUCUUCCUAGACGAUUAACGAUUCCAAUGGUGGAGGAGAAAAGUUGGUCAAAGCCAUAUGCUGUUGCCAGUGCCACAUUGGCUCCUAUUCUCAUUUUGUUUUUAUGGAGCUAUGUUGAUGUUCCUAGUUCUGUUGGCAAAGAUCUUGCCUACGUUAUUGGAUUGGCAGCUAGUUGCAUACUUGGAGUUCUCGCAUACUAUUACACCACACCAGAUCAUCCACCACAGAGAUUGUUAUUACCGUGGGUUCUUGGAGGUUUCUUUAUGAGUAUUGUGUGGUUCUACAUGAUUGCAAGUGAACUCGUGGGUCUUUUGGUGGCACUAGGCAUUAUUUUGGGAAUCAACCCGUCAAUUCUUGGAUUGACUGUUUUAGCAUGGGGGAACUCUAUGGGAGAUCUGGUCUCAAAUAUUGCUUUGGCAUUGAAUGGUGGGGAUGGUGUUCAGAUUGCCUUGUCAGGGUGCUAUGCUGGUCCCAUGUUUAACACACUGAUCGGGCUUGGGAUUUCAUUGCUACUAGGCGCCUGGUCAGCUAGCCCUAUAUCAUAUAUAGUUCCCAAAGACAGUAGCUUGUUCUACACAAUUGGCUUUCUUUUAACCGGGCUUAUCUGGGCUAUUGUUAUCUUACUCAAGAAAGACAUGCGUCCUAGUAAAGUGUUGGGGAUUGGUCUUAUAUCUUUGUACCUGAUUUUCCUGUCUUUUAGGAUUGUCAGUGCGAUGAGCGUGGGUGGUUUACAGUAAGAAACAGAACACAUAUUCAUGCCUUGUUGCUGCCGUGCUGGGAAUCAGAGAAGCCAAUGAGAUGUCUGAUCUGCUUUGACGUAUUCACACUAUCUUGUAGGUAUGAGCUUCUGGACUCUUGAGCUGAAAUAGCAGCAAAUUAUUCUUGUAAAUGACAGUCCUGUUGUUGUACUUAGUGUCCGCAUGUAUCCAUACAACCAUACAUACUUAGAAAGAUAGCUCUGUCUUGAUUGAUUAUGGGGAAAAUUUUCCACGGAUAUGAUCUCUAUUUACUCUUUGUAAAACUUCUCACAAUUACUUGACUGUUCUGUCAAGUGAAUUGGAAUUCAAUAAUGGAAAAUAAAACCCAUUCUUUUCUGUAA